AGCGAGAGGGAGGGAGGGCGAUCGCGGCCAGGGAGAGUGAGCGAGCAAGGGAGCCGCGGCAGCCAGCGGCGGCCGAGAGGAGCGAGCGAGCGAGAGGGCGAGGGAAGCGAGGGAGCGAGCGAGGCGGGGACCGAGCGCGCUCACUUCUCCGCAAAGUGCCAACUUCCCGGGAGACAGUGCCGGGCGCGCACCGUCCCGGCACGGGGCAAAGUCGGCGGGCAUUUGGGAUUUUAGGGAAGAAAGUCGGAUUUCCCCCCUCCCCCGUCCCCUUUCCCUUGUUAAGAAUCCUCAUUAAAAAGAAAAACAACAACAGUAACAGCAAACUUGCUGUCAUCCCGUUUGCCCCCCACUCCUGGCACCAUGAAGGCGGCCGUCGAUCUCAAACCGACUCUCACCAUCAUCAAGACGGAGAAGGUCGAUCUGGAGCUUUUCCCUUCCCCGGAUAUGGAAUGUGCAGAUGUCCCACUAUUAACUCCAAGCAGCAAAGAAAUGAUGUCUCAAGCAUUGAAAGCUACUUUCAGUGGUUUCACAAAAGAGCAGCAACGACUGGGAAUCCCAAAAGACCCCCGGCAGUGGACAGAAACACAUGUUCGGGAUUGGGUGAUGUGGGCUGUGAACGAGUUCAGCCUGAAAGGUGUGGACUUUCAGAAGUUCUGUAUGAGCGGAGCAGCCCUGUGUGGCCUGGGUAAAGACUGCUUCCUCGAGCUGGCUCCAGACUUUGUUGGUGACAUCUUAUGGGAACAUCUAGAGAUCCUGCAGAAAGAGGAUGUGAAACCUUAUCAAGUUAAUGGAGUCAACCCUACCUAUCCAGAAUCCCGCUAUACCUCGGAUUACUUCAUUAGCUAUGGUAUCGAGCACGCUCAGUGUGUUCCUCCCUCGGAAUUCUCAGAGCCCAGCUUCAUCACAGAGUCCUAUCAGACGCUCCAUCCCAUUAGCUCAGAGGAACUUCUGUCCCUCAAAUAUGAGAAUGACUACCCCUCAGUCAUUCUCCGGGACCCUCUCCAGACAGACACCUUGCAGACAGACUACUUUGCUAUCAAGCAAGAAGUUUUAACUCCAGACAACAUGUGCAUGGGGAGGACCAGUCGUGGUAAACUCGGGGGCCAGGACUCUUUUGAAAGCAUAGAGAGCUACGAUAGUUGUGAUCGCCUCACCCAGUCCUGGAGCAGCCAGUCAUCUUUCAACAGUCUGCAGCGCGUUCCCUCCUAUGACAGCUUCGACUCUGAGGACUAUCCAGCUGCCCUGCCCAACCACAAGCCCAAGGGCACCUUCAAGGACUAUGUGCGUGACCGUGCUGACCUCAACAAGGACAAGCCUGUCAUUCCUGCUGCUGCCCUGGCUGGCUACACAGGCAGUGGACCAAUCCAGCUGUGGCAGUUUCUUCUGGAAUUACUCACUGAUAAAUCCUGUCAGUCUUUUAUCAGCUGGACAGGAGAUGGCUGGGAAUUCAAGCUUUCUGACCCAGAUGAGGUGGCCAGGAGAUGGGGAAAGAGGAAAAACAAACCUAAGAUGAAUUAUGAGAAACUGAGCCGUGGCCUACGCUACUAUUAUGACAAAAACAUCAUCCACAAGACGGCGGGCAAACGCUAUGUGUACCGCUUUGUCUGUGACCUGCAGAGUCUGCUGGGAUACUCCCCUGAGGAGCUCCAUGCCAUGCUCGACGUGAAACCAGAUGCUGAUGAGUGAUGGGACAUGGAAGGGGCUGGGGAAACCCUGCCGAGACCUUUCAAAGAACAACCGCGUUGGUCGGACUCUUAAUUUUUAAUUGUUAUUCUAUUUUUUAUUUUCCAGAACUCAUUUUUUACAUUCAGGGGUGGGAGCUAAGGGAGCUGCAGCUGUAAUUCAUUGUGUGUGGCUGGAAAGGGAAAGCCAGGAUUCGUGGGGUGGGUGGGGCAAGAAGUUCUUGAGCAGAUUUUCAGGAGAGAGGGGUCUUCUUAGAAGCUUGAAGGAUCUGGCUUAAGGAGGAAGAGACUAAAUGUGUCCAGUCAUUUCUAAAAUUGUCCAUGAAAAAAAUGCAUCUUGAGUUACGGACCCAUUAGUAGGAGAAAAUGUCAUAUCAAGAGUCGUGAGACUGAUGAGAGGCAAUUAAUUUGCUUUUGUUUUUAAGUCUUGGAGGUUACAAAAGAGAAGGGUGGGAUAAAAAUAUUUUCUUCGGGGGAUGCACUUAAAACCAAGAAUUAUUUACCUUUCACUCUGCUUUUUGAAACAAAGAUGGACUUCCAUGGGGAGGGACCAAAAUUGUUUUUAUGUUAAAAUUUAUUUUAUUACAUUUUGUGCCAGUAUUUUUUUUUUUCCUUAAAAAUCGUCUUAAGCUCUAAGGUGGUCUCAGUAUUGCAAUAUCAUGUAAGUUUGUUAUUAUUUGCUGGCUGAGGAUUCUGUCACAGUGGAAGAAGACUGUUUAUAUAGACCCCAUUGGAAAAGCAAACUCUGUCACUGAGAUCAGAUAUCCCAAGUUCAUGUGACUUAUAUAUGAAGGAAAUAUUAAUGGUGAUUUGGGUGCAGGGGGAUUAUGCAUGUGAAUUUUAUCUAUAACUUUAAAAAACAUUGUCACACCCCCUUAUUUGUCAUUAGAGGAUUCUCGGGGUUUGGACUUAAUGUUGAGCUGAGAAACUUUAAGUCUUUGAACUGAAUGUAUUUUGCAGCUCUAGAUUUGGACUAUAGUCAACGUAGGAGCACUGUUGAAGUUGAGGAAGGGAAAUUGAAGGAGGAAGAUUACCUUGGUUCUUGGUUAAUUCUCUACCUGUAACAUAGAUGACUUGGAAUAAAAGCUGUACAAAUGGGCAUUAUCCCUCAGGUCUUAAGAAAUAAGUCCCGAAUGCAUGUCUUUCUAAACUAACACUCUACAACGUCUCCUUUAUGUCUUAUUUUCCCAGCAUCUCCCUUUCAUUGCUCCCCCUACUCUGUUACUCAGCAGAAAGAAAUAUACAGUUUUCUGAUAGGUAAGUGAAAGUGUACCUUCAGACAUGUCAUGAAUCAAAGAGCGUAGACUUGCUGGGUUUUAGAAGCCAUGGAAAUUCAGAGAGAAUUUCAGUACAAUAUGACUUGGCCAUCUUUGGGAAGAGGCAUGCAAGGCUUUCCUUUGAAGAACUGAAGCUAGUUGGGGAGUGUGUCAGGAGAGAUUGCCUGGGAAGGAAAUGGCAGAGAUGAUGCUGGGGCCUUGUGUUUGGAUCCAUUAUCUUGGCAGAGUGGUAAGUGAAGGGUAGCUGCAGAAGUGAGGAAUGAUCUGAGGGCAGAGGACACGGGGAAGGAGGUUAAGUGAGGAAAAUAAGGUGGUCCAUGAGAUUUGAAUAUAUUUUUAGUUCCCCCAAAGUUUAAAUACAGAUAAUGAACUAAGGCAGUCAUAAUUCUGCUGAUCAUAAAGGAGUAUCUGAAAAGGAGGUUUGAGGGCAAAACCCAACAUCUAACUACUGAGGAUAUGUGCUUAAUACAAUUAGAACUCCUCCCACUCUAUACACACCCAGUUAAAAUGAUAACAACGGACUUCCAGGAGAAAGAAGAAACAAUUAAGGUGGGUGUCUCAGGGCUGGCCCUUUUGGGAUUUUGCUAAGAAACUGGAAGUACUAACUACCUUCUAGCAUAAGUUGAUUGCUGACUCUCAGAUCCCUUUGCAAACCCUGAUCUAUCAGAAACGUAGCAUAGCUCUGUGAUUUAUGAGAGUCCUCAUGCUUACCAAUUGGAAUGUCCACAUGGACAACAAAAGCAGAAUAUUGCAGCUGUGUGUUUUCAUCUUAUGGAUGCAGGUGCCUUAAUGAAGCUCUCAAAAUAUUUAGGAGCUGCUCAGGGAGUGUUAGGUGGAACUGUUUGGACUACAUAUUUUCUCUUUGAUCUUUUUUGGGCACUGGCAAGGGGUGUGUGUGUGUGUGUGUGUGUGUGUGUGUGUGUGUGUUUGCAGACAUACCAAACCGCAGCUAAAACAGUACCUGAGUUUUCUAGUUAAGUCUUUCCACAUUUAAAUAAUGGGUGAGAGCAAAACCAAGGCUAGGUAUUGGUCAUUGCCUGCUGUUUGCAACUAGACAUAGUAUCAUUUUCUCAAGCCAUCAGUCUUUCCUAUUAAGUUAUGCAGAGAACUCCUCUUCUGUGAGUCUGUGAUUCCUGCAGCCCUUGUAGCAGUGCCUCCUAGUGCUCCUCAGCCCCCUUGUUGGCUAAGACACCCUUUCUCCCCAGGUCCACCGUUUCAGGAUUUGUAGAUAGUGUAUUAGUUCAGACAGCUUUGUCCAUCUGGCCAGAUGCUUUUCCCCUUUUGUCCAAAGGCCAGAGACCAUCCCAGGAAGAGUGGUGGGUGGUUUAUACACUGGAUAUGUAGCAGCAUUGUUGCAUUUAUGCUUUUUAAAAACACAUAUUAACUUCAGAGGAAGGACGGGCAAAUCUGGUCAAGCUGGGUGACACCCUUGUUUUCCCAGAGAUGCCUCAACCUAUGUGGGUUUUGGCUUUUGGGCUCAGAGCCACGUGUUCCCUUCUGCGUUCAGGGGAGGGGCUUCCUUACAUAGAGCCCCGAUUUUGUGGCCGUGGGGAUUGGCAAGAGCACUCAAAGAUCAGAUGCGCUCCUCCUCACUUUGGAGAUGAACACUUUGGGUUUUAGAGCAUUAACCUGCCUGACCUUCAUGGUGAGAAAUACACCUCUCUCUUCUAGCCAUGCUGUGCAUGCUGCUUUCUCUGUUGGGGUCUAUAUAAAUUUGUUGAAUUCUUACAUACAUUCCAAAGAAGUUUCAUGGAACCAUAAGUAUAUGUAUACAUAUACAUAUAUGAAAUAUAUAUAUAUUAAAAUGAAAUUAUCUCUAUCAGGAAUACUGCCUCAGUUAUUGAACUUUUUUUUAAGAAUACUUUUUUUUAAGCUGAGAAGUAUUGGGGUAAAAAAGAUGUUAUAUUGUGUUUGACUCUUUACCAACUUGUAUUUUCAUAUAAUUUAUAUUUUUUAAAAGCUGAAAAUUUAAAAGCAAGAUGAAAAAAAGGAAAAGCAGGUGCUUUUUAAAAAUCAGAACUGAGGUAGCUUAGAGAUGUAGCGAUAUAAGUGUCUUAUGUGUUUUUUUUAAAAACAUGCAAAAAAAAUUUCUUACGGGGAGUUUUUUGUUUGUUUAUUUUAGUAGCUGAUGCUGGCACAUCAUUUUGCUGGAGAGUUUUUUAUAUACUGUAGCCUGAUUUCAUAUUGUAUUUUAAACUGUGUGAAAUUAAAAACAAAGGAAUUCCUUCAUAAUGACGUGGUUUUGGCUUGGUUCUUUCCUCUGGAUCAUGUAAUGAAGCAGGACAAAUUAACCAACCAGAGAAGGCACACAAAGAAACGCAAGCCAGUCUCUGUGAUCCUGCUACCUCGGAAACAUUUUAGGUAAAGAUUCCUAAUAAAACACGAACCCUAAUAGGAAUAUAGGGAAGUAAUCUCAAUUAUUGAAAAUAGUGUGUCAUCCUUUGUGGAAUUUUACUGGCCUUUUCAUACCUCAUUUGUUUGUGCCUAUAGGACUGAGAGCCACAUGAAGAAAAAUUUUAAUGACUCAAUUGUUAAACAUUUGAUUUCAGCUAGGUACAGUUCCUGAUCUUAAUAUAGAAAGUUGAACGUGGUGUAGGCUCUAGACAAAUGGUACCUUUUUUUCACUUUCUAACAACAGCUUUUGCUUUGUGGUGAGGACAUCACCUUCGUCCCCAUGGCCCCAGUUCUUUUACUGGGGCUAAAAAUUGGGAAUGAUAAUAUCUGUCAGAACCCCUGGCAACCUGUGUCAUAAAUAAAACACAUAUUUAU